AUGUCAAAGAUGCGUAAACCAGGUGUUGCUAACAUGCAAGGGGUUGCCCAGCAACAGACAAAUCCUAUACCCGUCACACAGCCAACGGAUGCCUACAUACCCCCCUUCCUCGCGGCGAAAAUACCAGAGUUGGAUGCAUAUCAACAGCUGCUGGAAACAGAGCGCAAAAUUGACGUGUAUAUUAGUCGCAAGAAAAUUGAUCUAUAUCAGUCAGUUUCACAGUGGAAUAGCAUAAAACCUGAAUUCCAAGAAAAACAGUAUUUGCGUGUCUUUGUUUCAAACAUCGCCGAGAACCAGCCCUGGCAGACUGAAGAGGGGAAUACUGAGCCCAGCUGGACCCUCAGAAUUGAAGGAAGGCUUUUAAAUGACCAAGAAGUUCAGGAUCCACAAAGACCAAAAUUCAGUUCUUUCUUGCAAGGAAUCGCUGUUGACUUUAAGAAACCGCAAGACGAAGAAACACAGGCACCAGCUAUUGUCGAAUGGCACGCGGAUCCCUCAACACCAGUUGAGUUCGAUGGUUUAGACGUCAAGCGUAAUGGCUCUGAAAACGUGGAAUGCACCAUAGCCAUCCAGCUACGGGGAAAUACAGGUGAAGUGAUUCAAUUUUCCCCACAGCUUGCUUCGAUUAUCGGCAUCUCGAGAGGAAAUUUACAUGAAGCAGUCUAUUCACUAUACAAAUACAUUUUGCUCAAUGAUUUACUGACAAACGACGACUCUGAUGUCACCACACAGACCAAUGCAUCUUCAAACAAUACAAAUGGUGAAAAAACAAUUGCUAAAAUUGACAAGUAUCUAGCCACUUUGUUCCCAGAAGAGAGAAGAACGAUGAAAUUAGCAGAAAUUCCUGCACUUGUGAACCAUCAUAUAUCUCCUUUACCGCCCGUGAAGAUAGACUACACUGUUCGUGUAGACAAGUCUUCUACUUAUGGUGAAACUGUUAUCGAUCUAGAAGUGCCAGCGAAGAGUGAGGACAUAAUAGGCCAACAGGGAAUGUCUUUACUUGGUGAAUUGAACCAAUUGAGCACUACCUUAGAACCAAGACUGCAAGCUUUAAAUCAGGAACUGAAUAUAUUGCAGUUGCAACUUAAUGCCAGUGCCAAUAAGUACCAGUUUUUCAAGAAGGUCGCCGAGAAUCCUGCUGUUAUGCUACAGGAAUACGUACAGUCUACUUCUCGCGCUUUGAAAAUUCUCAGUGGCGACGACGGCUUCAACGAAGAUACGGUGCGGAGAGCGAAGUUUUACAAAGAGAAUGAAGCCAUGCUGUUUGAAAAUUUAGGGGUUCUUCUAUCAAAUGGGAGGAUGUAG